AUGGAGCCAAAUCAGGGUUUUUCAAUUAACAGCCAUGGCUCGCCACCUGCAGCAGGUUGCCAUCGCCUACCACAAAUCCCAUCCAUGGGCCGUAAUGUCCGCACUGCUCAAAGCAAGACCAGCGCCAAGCUAAAUUUUGAAGCCAAACCCAGGGACGAAACAGCCAUUUUGCACGUUGAAGGCACGUCAAGAGUAGUACAGAUAUUAACAGAUGGAAUAUCAGAGUUGACCGAAAUUAAAGACAGGACACCAAAUGUCACUCCAUCCUCUUUUAGUGUUGAGCAAAAUUUCUCUCUCAGUAAUGAUGCAGACAAAAUGGAAAAUAGCAGUUCUUCUGUUACACCAAGAAGAAAACGACAGAGGAAUGGCAGUGGUAAUAGUAAUAAGCUAAAAAAGGGAACUGCUGCAGUUAAUGUGCCCUCUGCCAGUAAUGACACAAGCAGCAGUUUAUCUUCAGACCCAACUGAAGCAGCACUUCAGCCAAGUGACAAAACAAAUACUACUGACCAGAGCCAUUCUAAAUCAGCUAAUUGUGACACACUGCAUUUGGAAACAAGUGAGAAAGGUGCACCAGGCAAUGCAGCACUAGAUGUUUGUGACAGUGUCCUUGAAUCCCCACUUGUAGAUACACCUGAAAAGAAGGAAAGUCCAUUAGAGAAGAAAAAACGGACAUCAAAACUGGGCAUUGAGAACCCUAACAAAAGUUCAGGGAGUGCUGAAAGUAUACCAGUGACAAAAGAAUCUGAUUGUGUCCCUAUACUGACACCUAAGAGCGUGGAUGCUAUGACACCGGCAGCUGUGAAAGCGGAGGAGGAGAUGGAUGUGGACAGUACAACGUCUAAAGGCCAUGUUCCAAGAUGUGUAAUAAUACUACCGACUGAAGUGCCAUCAGAGUCCCAGCUGGAGAAACUGCUAGCCAUGCAGUCAACCAACUAUGACUUGCAGUACCCACCUCCAUGGAGUGAAGGUGAUUUACUUUGGGCUAAAGUUAGUGGUCAUCCUUACUGGCCUUGCAUGAUAUCAAGAUGUCCAUUUUCCAAGAUGUUUACCAGAAUUAAAGGUGACGUGCGAGUUGUACGUUCAUAUCAUGUUCAAUUCUUUGGCAAUGAAGGGGAGAGGGGUUGGAUCAAUGAGCCAUCUUUAAUGUUAUUUGAAGGAAAGCUGAAAUUUCUGGACAUGGCUCAGACAGAGGUCUCAAAGGGCAAAAGAGGGAAAAGUGCAUAUAAUCCUUUCAAGAUCAAUAUAUCAAGACGUCACGCUUGGAAUAUAGCCGUUGAUGAAGCAGAAGCAGCCAUGCCAUUAUCAAAAGAGGAAAGAAAUGUGCAAUAUACAUUUGAAUAUGUGUUUUUGGACGACCUGAAAAAAGAACAACAGAAAUUGAAACUUGAGUCUCAGAAAACUGAAGGUGUGCAGGCUGGUGAAGUGGCAGCAGGAUCCAGAUCAAAAACAAACUCAAAGCGUAAAAGGGCGCCUUCUGAGGAACGCAGUUUGUCUCCAGUGUCAAGCAAGCAGAAGCGACGUAAAUUAGAUGUUGUGGCUUCAUCACCGGUAGUCCCAGUAGGAGCAGAAACUUCCUUUGAUACAUAUUAUGCAAAUCAUAGAAGCUCUGUGAUUGAAACGCACCCAGAGUGGGAUACCCCGCUUGUGUUUGAGUAUGUGCGCCAACAGUGGGAGUCAGAAAAAAAGAAAACCUCGAAAAAUAGAAGCAAGAGUCCUCAUACUGCAUCACAAAACACCAGUAUAAACAAAUCUUCACCAAGUGUGUUGCCAACCCAGCUAAAAGAUGUAUCAGCGCAAGGUAAACCAACAAAAUUGGCCAGAAUGUUGAGUAGGGGAAACCUCACUCCCACAAGUCUUCCAGCACAAGAGAUAGUACAGGUAAG